CCUGCCGGCCGCAGCAUGCGUGGCGCGCCGCGCUCGUGCGCGCUGGCGGUGGGCGUGGCCUCGGCGCUGGCGCUGCUGCUGCACCUCUGGGUGCCCGCGGGCCCCCCCAGCGUGGACCUGAGCGGCCCCCCCCGCCUGCCGCCCCCCCCACGAGGGCCCGCGCGCGCCUACCCGCACGUGCCCUUCCGCCUGCGCCGUGACGUCAUCGAGCUGCUGCCCGGGAACGGGUGCUCGUGCGCGGCGGAGCCGGGGCCGCUCUUCGGGCAGGGCCGCGGCGCCGUUGACUUCGGCAGCAGCUUCGGAACCGGCGAGCGGCGGCUGCAGCAGCAGCGGGAGCGCGAGUUCCGCUCGUACCGGCAGCGGGUGCAGUCUCCGGCCGAUCGCCUCCUCAUCGUCCGCGCUAACUCGCCCCUGGAGUACCCGGCGCAGGGGGUGGAGGUGCGGCCGCUGCAGACGGUGCUGGUGCCCGGGCUCAGCCUGCAGGCGGCCGGCAGGGAGAGCUAUGAGGUGAACCUGACGGCCUCCAUGGGGACGCUGGCGGUGGCUGCGGUGGUAGAGGGGGUGCUGCUGCGCGGUGAGGGGCAGCCCCACCUCUCCAUGGCCAGCACCCGCCUGGACCACCUCAACCGGCAGCUCCAGUUCGUCACCUACACCAACACCGUGUUCCACCCCGACACCGCCGACAUCGUGCAGUUCUGCACCCACGGGCACGAGGCCGCCUUCGCCAUCCGCAUCCGGCACCCGCCCGCGCCAAGGCUCUAUGGGCCCGGGGACAGUGACGGUGACGGAGGUUACAACGUCUCGGCUCUGGUCACCAUCGCCACCAAAACCUUCCUGCGCUACGAGAAGCUGCGGGGGCUCCUCUCCAGCAUCCGCCGCUUCUACCCCGGCGUCACCGUGGUGGUGGCCGACGACAGCCCCCGGCCCGAGCCGCUCAGCGGGCCCCACCUCGAGCACUACGUCAUGCCCUUCGGCAAGGGCUGGUUCGCGGGGCGGAACCUGGCCGUGUCCCAGGUGAGCACCAAGUACGUGCUGUGGGUGGACGACGACUUCAUCUUCACGCCCCGCACGCGGCUCGAGAAGCUCGUGGAUGUGCUGGAGAGAACCAGCCUGGACCUGGUGGGUGGCGCUGUGCGGGAGAUCACCGGUUUCACCACCACCUACCGGCAGCGGCUCUCGGUGCGGGCGGGCGGCGCGGGCGGGGACUGCCUGCGGGCCCGCCCCGGCUUCCAUCACCGCCUCGCGGGCUUCCCGGCCUGCGUCGUCACCGACGGCGUCGUCAACUUCUUCCUGGCCCGCACGGACAAGGUCCGGCAGGUGGGGUUCGACCCCCGGCUGCGGCGCGUGGCGCACCUCGAGUUCUUCAUUGACGGGCUGGGGGUGCUGCACGUGGGCUCCUGCGAGGACGUGGUUGUGGACCACGCGUCCAAGCUGGCGCUGCCGUGGCGCCGCUCCGAGGGCGAGCGCCAGUACGCGCGGUACCGGUACCCGGCGGCGCGCGACGACAGCCUCAGCCUCAAGCAUCGCCUCUUCUUCUUCAAGAACCGCUUCAAGUGCAUGGCUGGCAACUGAACCCCCCCCGGCCUCCCGCGGGGCAGCCGGC